CUAACUAAUAACGAAAAGCGAAGGAAAAACCCCUACUAAAGCCCUCCAAAGGCGGGAAGUCCGCAUGACAGAAAAAGCCCAAAUCCUUUCUCAAAUUCUCUCCCUCUCAAAACCUUAAUCUUCUAACUAGCUCAAAAUCGCAAUCGAUUUCCAAACAGUAAAUUAAAAAAAAAAAAAAAAAACCGCAUCUUCCCAUUUGGUGGAGAAGAGGCAGAGAUGCAGCACGAUGAGGUUAUCUGGCAAGUCAUCAGACACAACCACUGCAGUUUCAUGACCAAGAUCGAGACUGGAAAUUUCUGUCGCAACCCAUACAAUGUGACCGGCAUUUGCAAUCGGAGCUCCUGCCCGCUCGCUAACAGCCGCUACGCCACCAUCCGUGACCAUGACGGUGUAUUUUACUUAUACAUGAAAACUAUCGAAAGGGCUCAUAUGCCAAACAAAUUAUGGGAAAGAGUUAAGUUGCCUAGAAACUACGAGAAGGCACUUGAAAUCAUUGACAAACAUCUGAUGUACUGGCCUAAAUUUCUUGUGCACAAAACUAAGCAACGUCUCACCAAAAUGACUCAGUAUCGUAUCCGCAUGAGGAAGCUCGAAUUGAAAGUGAGGGAAAAGAUAAUGACAAUGCCUAGAAAAGAGAAAAAGAGAGAGGCCAGAAGAGAACAAAAGGCUGAAAAAGCUGCAAUUUUGGACAAGAGUAUCGAAAAAGAAUUGUUAGAACGCCUAAAGAGAGGAGUGUAUGGCGAUAUAUAUAAUUAUCCUGUUAAAGAGUACAAAAAGGUUCUUAAAAUGGAAGGACUACAGGCAGAUGCUGCUGAAGAAGAAGAUGAGGAGGAACAUGAAAUAGAGUAUGUAGAAGGCUAUGAUGAACUCGAAGACGAAGAGGACAUGGAAGAUUUUGGUGGCUUUGAGAUGGAUCAGUCUCUUAAAGGUGACGGCUUUGGUGGUAUGGAUGAAGACGGAGAAGAGAUGGAUGCAGUUGAUCAAACCAAUGUUAAGAGACUGCGAAAGGGUUCUGGCUCUGGUCAAGGGAAGUUUGACAGUGAGGAUCUCAAUUCAAAACUGAAAAAGAAGGCAAGGGUUCUUGUUGAGGUUGAGCAUGAAGACACUGGCAAGAGACAAGAAGCCUUACAGUGAGGAGUUCAUGGACGAAAUUUGCAUUCAACUAGAUGAUCUCAGUAUGUCAGUUUCUUCUCCACUCUUUCAUUAGGUGGGUUUACAAUACAAGUUCCGGCCUUGAGAGAAUCAUAGCAGCAGCAAAGAAAACCUGCUAUUUAUAGUUGUAUUCAUCUCUUCAAAGACGACUGUUGAGUUUGAAACACAUCUAUGUAUUGUAUUGAGUUUCAAAAUCUGCGAGAGGUUGGUAUUAGAAUUUUUGUCUGUGUAGACAGUCAAUUUUCUUUAGUAAAAUGGUUUAUAGAGAUUUUUGGUUGUUA